AUGGAGCAACCGAACCUCAUGCCCAUGAACGGCAUGAUGCCGCAGAACAUGAACAGCAUGCAACGCCCGCAAUCGGGCAACCACGGUCAGCAGAUUUACGCCCAGAUUCUUACGAGUCUCCGUGAGCGGCAGGCUGCACUGCCGCAAGGCUGGCAACGAACUUUCGACAUGGGUCAGCGCGCCGGUAUCACUAUGCAAAUUGUCACGCAGCUCCGAAUGUUGCAACCAGGCGUCGACUUGGCGCAAACUUUGAAGAUUGCGCAGAGUUGGGAGUUACGCACCAUGCAGGAGUCCGGAAACCAAGAACAGUACCGCCACGCGAUGAGUCAAAAGAUGUCUGAGAUUGCAGGCAAGCGAGCCGCGCAGGCGCAGGCGCAGUCUCAGGCGCUGCGACUCCAGGGUACUGUCACCGGUGCAUCUACGACUAACAUGGACAUGCUGGCCAACAACAACAAUAUGAUGGGCAUGAACAUGUCAAAUUCCGGUAUGGGUAUGCCGAAUGGCGCACCCAUGAACGGUAACUUUGGCGGGCAGCAACCGAACAAUGCACUGUCGCACCUCCAACAGCCCAUGGUGCCCUCUCCAAUACCACCACCACAACAGAACGUUGGUAUAGACCCUGCGGCGUUGUCGAAUACUGGCGGGCCGCCUCAGAUGCAAGCCAAUGCAAAUAGCCUGAACCCGCAGCAGAUGCAGCAAAUGCAGCGAGAAAUCUUUCAGAUGGCCCAGGCCAUGAUGCAAAGGACCGACGAGGCCACCAAAGAACAGCUGCGAACCAAUUUCGUCAACUCUUUGACGGAACAGGCGCGGAACGAAAUCUUAGCGACCGGUCAAGACCCUCUUCAUCGCUUUUACAUACAAAAAGCGAAGGAGUUACACGCCAAGAAGAAGGCUGACCAGCAGAUCCAAAUGCAAAACCGAAAUGGGCUGCAACAGUCCAGCAACGGUCAGCAAGCGAUGAACUUGAACGUGCCCGGCCAGCAACCUAUGUCGCAGGGAGCGCCUACUAUCGACCUCUCCACGAUCAUCGGCCAACAAGCACAUGCUCUGAAGCAACAAGAAACGGGAGGAGAGGUCGUGCCCGCCAGUAACAACACCAGCUUUGACCUCGCCGACAUGAACAUGCCCCAGGGAAUCAAUCCACAGAUGCUUGGAAAUCCGAAUGGCCAGCCACAGAACAACAACCCGCAGCUACAGCAGCUUCUCAUGCAGCAACAACGAAUCCAGCAGCAGAACAUGAUGGCUCGACAGCAAGCACUCCAACAGCAGCAACAGCUUCGCGGGCAGCCUGGCGGUCUCAACGCACCGAACGCGCUUAAUGGCGGACCGGCGGGACAGAUUAACAGUCCUGCAAUGUCAAUGUUGAACCGGCCGAUGGUGCCUCCAGGACAGCAAGGUACGCCGAACACACCUCAGUCGAAUCGCAUGCCGCCAAAUCAGCCUCCGCAGACGCCUAUGAACCCUGCGGCGCAGCUUCUCCAGCAUCAUCAGCAGAUGCUUAACCAGGGCACCUCUGGCGGAACCCAAGGGCUCCAACAGCCUCAACAACCGCAGAUCAGCCGGGAGACUUUCGCAUUGCUACAAAGCAACAAACAGACUACGGACUCCAACCAGUUCAAGCAGAUGUGGGCCAAACCAGACCUUCAACAGCAGUUCCUUUCGAUGCCGCUCGCUAAGCAGCAAGAACUUCUGCACAAGAUGGCGGGUCGUAUGGGACCAUUUGGGGUGGUGAAUGGUGGACAGCAGCCGAGCCAGCAACAGCCCGGAAUGCAGCCAAACAUGAAUCCGCAGGGCCAGCCGAGCAACAUGGGCAACAAUGCUCCAAGGCAGAUGAUACCCGCUGGCACUCCCGUCCGUCAAUUCAACUCGCAUCCGCCGCCAAACCAGCAAAUGCAGACGCCGAACAUGCCGGACUCUGGUGACAUGCAGCAGCGUUUGCAGCAGCAACAGCAGAACCACGCGAUGUCUCAGUUCCGUCAGAAGGCUCUCGACCUGAGACCUUUCCCCCGCUCGGUUCUUAGCCAGCUGGGACUCGCAGUGACCGACAAUGUUCGUGUCUGGGGGCAGCUUAAGAACCAUAUCAACCAAAAGCAGGACGUAAUCCCACCACAAACGAUGCAGAAGGUGCAAGCGCUUCAGAAUCAGUGGUUCGAACAGCAUCCGGAGGAAAUCAGUAUGGCUGUACAGCAACUCCAACGCAUACAGCAGCAGAAGGCACAGCAACAGGCGGGCCGCGCUCAGCAACAGGCAGGUCCAUCAGGCGCGCCAGGUCAACCUCAAGUAAGUGGGCCGCCGAACAUGCAAAUGCCCAACGGCCAGGCUCCGCCCGCGCAGAUGGUACCGCCUACUGCGCCAAUGCAGGCGCCCAAUCAAGGCCAGCCAAUCUCAUCCGGCCAGAUGCCGCAGCUACAGCAGCUAGUCUCACCACAAGAGAUUCAAGAGGCGCGAUCGAAAUUUAGCCAGAUGUCAAGCAUGACCGAUGAGCAGAUCCGUGAUAUCUUAGGCCGCAGACGCCGCGAGCAGCAACUGGCUAUGAAAGCUCAGCAGGAGGCGCUACGUAAUGCGCAAUUGCAGAAUGCGCAGAUGAUGAGGGCACAGGCACAGAUGCAGGGUGCGCCGAGCAGCGCGAAUCAGCCAAACCAAAGAGGCCAGCAGCCCGUCAGACAACAUCAGGCGAACCAACAGCCAGCUUCUUUGUCAGGGAAGAGGCCUCCUCAAAGCAACGACAACGACGACGUGGUUGAGAUCCCUAAUCCGAAUGCGCCAGCCGCACAGAUGAGUGUAGCGCCACAGGCCCCACCCAUGCAGCAGAGACCAUCGCAGCAAGGUAAUCCGCUUAACAUGCUGCGUGCGAUGUCCAAGGAGCAGCAGACGCAGUAUAUGGCUUCUUUAGGCCCCGAGGAGAAGAAACGGAUGUUUGACAAUCUAAACCGGCAACGCAUGCAGGCCGAGGCUAUCAAGAAGGCGCAGAUGGGCCUGCCUAACAAUGAGUCUGUGCCGCCGCCGACUCAAGCACGCACCCAACAGCAACAGCAGCAGCCUACGCCACCCCAGCAACCUACAUCCGGUCCGCAGCAGCAACAGCAGCUUCGCAAUGCCCAGGUGAUACAGAAACUGCAGGCCAUGAUGGCCGAGGUCGAGCGUGCCAAUCCCAAGGGUCCACCGGUACAGAUGGAUGACGCCAGCUUCCAGCAGGUCGCAUCCAUAUUGAAACGGCUCGCCGGACCUGUACGCAAAAUGACGCAGCCUUUUGCGAUGGGAUUAACGCAUGGCGCAGGCUUGCCCAAUAUCGAAGAACGUGUUCGUGCGGCCAUGGCGGCCAGGACGAUUAUCAUGCAAAACACGGACGAGCAUGGCAAUAUGCUGGGUGGCCAAGUUAGCCUUGAUUUGCAGAGAUUGAAGCAGCUGGAGACUGAUUUGAACUCUUACUUUGGGGAGCUUCGAAGCUUGCAGGAGAAUCGAAAGGCACAGGCUCAGCAGCAACAACAGCGCAUUGGCGGCCAACAGGCACCGAACCUGGUGCAGACGUCAGUGCAGGCACAGGUACCGCAGAAGACUCCUGCACCUUCGAAGCCGCAAGCUCAGUCACAGGCACCUCCUGUCGCGUCAGCGGCACCGCAGCAUAGUCAGGCUCGCAAGUCAUCGAGACCGCCUCCUGCGCCGACCGACGACAAGAAGUUCGACUGGGGCGCGCCAAGCCCGCAUGGUGUGCCGAAGUAUGAUUCAGGUCGCAACGAGCUCACGCCAGAUAAGCUGAAGUUUCCACCCAACAAGAAGCGCAAGACCGGACAGCCGGAGAGCCAGGCUUCGACGCCAGCGGCUCAAAUGGGUACGCCUGGCGCUGUCGCAACGGUGAGUCCCAUCGUGACCGCAGGAAAGGUCCCAUCUCCAGAGCAGUCGCGGAAGGUGCAGUUGCAGCAAGUCGACACCGAAGGAAGGCAAUUCCGUUGCAAGGACGCCUUAUGCGAGGCAAGCAUCAAGGGCUUCGAGACGGAAGAGCUACUCAAGAAGCACGAGGAGGUCCAGCACGCCCCAGUCGCUGAUCCACUUGCGUUCUUACUGGAGAACGCAGCGAAGGCACUUAGUGUCGACCAAGAUGGGCAUCCACUGCCGCAGAAGGUACCCGUGAAGAGUCAGCCGAGGUCACUGCCCGCUGCCAAACCGGCCGUCAAGCGCGAAGGACAGACGCCGAAUGUUAAGCAAGAGGCUGUAACACCACAGCAGCCAAGUGCUGCGAAAGCCAAGGCGAAAGCCACUGCUGAAGCUGCAGAGCCUGCUGCGCCUGAGGAGGAGAAGACGUUGCGUGAGGUGAUCGAGGAAAGGAUGGGCUUCAAGCCAGAGACUCCUCAGCCGGCUGCCGCGGGAGACUCUGCUCUGGACACUGUCCCGAGGAGAGAGAUGGACGACAACAUGUUCAGUGAGCUGGUCAACGAUGCCUUUGCCGGAGACGACUGGGCUGGAGUUCCUGGCUUCCAGAUCUGCGAUUUUGCUGAGAUCCCUGUUGAAAACUGGGGCAUACAGCUCGAGUCCGAAUCAUCGCCUGAGCUUUCGCCCAGCAACAGCGAGGGCAGUCGCCCAAGCGACGUCUCGGAGAAUGAUGCACUGCGCUUAGCCUUUCAAUGGGACGCUUUCGGUAAUGGUGAUACGCUGGCUCCAGACGUACUGAUGAAGACGCAGAAGCUGAGGCUUAGCGGCUCGCCUGCUCUGUCUAAUGCUUCGAAGGAGGUGGAUACGGCGUGCGCUGCUAAGCCGCAAGAGGAGCCUAAGAAGGACCAGGUUGAGGACGAGUGGGACUGGUCCGGAGACAUGACCGACUUCCAGUCGAUGUUUCCGGUUGUUAACAGCAUGACGGACAUGAACAUGAGUCUCUGA